AGGACUACGGGUCCUUGUUUUUAGCGCCUCGGCGUGGGGGUAGCGUCUGGGAGCCUCUGCUCUUCCGUUUUUCUGUCUCGGUUCCUGGAACUGCACAUCAGAACCCCGCAGACAUGUCGGGGUUCAGCCCGGAGCUCAUCGACUAUCUGGAAGGGAAGAUCUCCUUCGAGGAGUUCGAAAGGCGGAGAGAAGAGAGAAAAACCCGUGAGAAGAAAAGUCUUCAGGAAAAAGGCAAGUCAUCAGCUGAAGAAAAUCCAAAUGACUCUGCAGUUCCAUCAUCAUCAGGAAUUGACUCUACCAAAUCUCAGGACAAAGAUGUCAAUGAAGGAGAAACAUCAGAUGGAGUCAGUAAGUCAGUUCACAAGGUCUUUGCUUCCAUGCUUGGAGAGAAUGAAGAUGAGGAGGAGGAGGAGGAAGAGGAGGAGGAGGAGGAGGAGGAGACACCUGAGCAACCCACUGCAGGCGACGUGUUUGUAUUAGAGAUGGUUCUCAAUCGUGAAACCAAGAAAAUGAUGAAAGAGAAAAGGCCUCGGAGUAAACUUCCCAGAGCUCUGAGAGGUCUCAUGGGUGAAGCCAACAUUCGCUUUGCUCGAGGAGAACGUGAAGAGGCGAUAUUGAUGUGCAUGGAAAUCAUAAGACAAGCUCCUUUGGCUUAUGAGCCAUUUUCUACUCUUGCUAUGAUAUAUGAGGACCAAGGUGACAUGGAGAAAUCACUGCAGUUUGAGUUGAUUGCUGCACAUUUGAAUCCCAGUGACACUGAAGAAUGGGUUAGAUUGGCAGAAAUGUCCCUGGAACAAGACAAUAUUAAGCAGGCUAUUUUUUGCUACACAAAAGCACUUAAAUAUGAACCUACUAAUGUCCGUUAUCUGUGGGAGCGAUCAAGCCUUUAUGAACAGCUGGGAGAUCACAAAAUGGCAAUGGAUGGUUACAGGCGUAUUUUAAACCUUUUAUCUCCGUCUGAUGGAGAACGAUUUAUGCAAUUGGCCAGAGAUAUGGCAAAGAGUUACUAUGAAGCCAAUGAUGUUAUUUCAGCUAUUAACAUAAUUGAAGAAGCUUUCUCAAAGCACCAGGGCCUAGUCUCCAUGGAAGAUGUUAAUAUUGCAGCUGAACUAUACAUUUCUAAUAAACAAUAUGACAGAGCUUUGGAGGUAAUUACAGAUUUUUCUGGAAUUGUGCUAGAAAAAAAAACUACAGAAGAAGGCGCUUCAGAAGAGAAUAAAAGUUGUAGUUUCCUGUGCAUAGGAGAGUCUGGUGAGAAUGUUUCCUGCACUAUACCGGAUGGUGUGCCAAUAGAUAUCACAGUGAAGUUGAUGGUCUGCCUUGUACAUCUCAACAUCCUUGAACCACUUAAUCCUCUCUUGACAACACUCGUGGAACAGAAUCCCGAAGACAUGGGAGACCUCUAUCUCGAUGUUGCUGAAGCUUUUCUGGAUGUUGGUGAAUAUAAUUCUGCACUUCCCCUCCUUAGUGCGCUAGUCUGCUCUGAAAGAUAUAACCUCGCAGUGGUUUGGCUUCGGCAUGCAGAAUGCUUAAAGGCCUUAGGCUAUAUGGAGCGUGCUGCUGAAAGCUAUGGCAAAGUGGUUGAUCUGGCCCCCCUCCAUUUGGAUGCAAGAAUUUCACUUUCCACCCUUCAGCAGCAGCUGGGCCGUCCUGAGAAAGCUCUGGAAGCUCUGGAACCCAUGUAUGAUCCAGAUACUUUAGCACAAGAUGCAAACGCAGCACAGCAGGAACUGAAGUUGCUGCUUCAACGUUCUACUCUAUUGUUCUCACAAGGCAAAAUGUAUGGUUAUGUGGAUACCUUGCUUACCAUGUUAGCCAUGCUUUUAAGGGUAGCAAUGAAUAGAGCCCAAGUCUGUUUGAUAUCUAGUUCCAAAUCUGGAGAGAGGCAUCUCUACCUUAUUAAAGUGUCAAGAGACAAAAUAUCAGACAACAAUGACCAAGAGUCAGCAAAUUGUGAUGCAAAAGCAAUAUUUGCUGUACUCACGAGUGUUUUGACAAAAGAUGACUGGUGGAACCUUCUUUUGAAGGCCAUAUACUCCUUAUGUGACCUAUCCCGAUUUCAGGAGGCUGAGUUACUUGUGGAUUCUUCAUUGGAAUAUUACUCAUUUUAUGAGGACAGGCCAAAACGCAAAGAGCUAGAAUACUUUGGUCUCUCUGCUGCAAUUCUGGACAAAAAUUUCAGAAAGGCAUACAACUAUAUCAGGAUAAUGGUAAUGGAAAAUGUCAAUAAACCCCAGCUCUGGAACAUUUUCAAUCAAGUUACCAUGCAUUCCCAAGAUGUACGACAUCACCGCUUUUGUCUCCGUUUAAUGCUGAAAAACCCAGAUAAUCAUGCCCUGUGUGUCUUGAAUGGACACAACGCAUUCGUAUCUGGUAGUUUUAAGCAUGCACUUGGACAGUAUGUGCAGGCCUUUCGCACCCAUCCCCAUGAACCUCUCUAUAGCCUCUGUAUAGGCCUAACCUUUAUUCACAUGGCAUCUCAGAAGUAUGUAUUAAGGAGACAUGCUCUUAUUGUGCAGGGCUUUUCCUUUCUUAAUCGAUACCUCAGUCUACGUGGGCCUUGCCAGGAAUCAUUCUACAAUUUGGGCCGUGGCCUUCACCAGCUGGGGCUGAUUCACCUUGCAAUCCACUAUUAUCAGAAGGCCCUGGAGCUCCCUCCAUUCGUGGUAGAGGGUAUGGAAGUUGACCAGUUAGACUUACGAAGAGAUAUUGCCUACAAUUUGUCUCUCAUAUAUCAGAACAGCGGGAAUAUUGGAAUGGCUCAGAAGCUUUUAUAUACUUAUUGUUCUAUAUAAAGCCCCUCAGCUGGGAAAGCAGCUUGGGCAGCUGCUGUGCAUGGACCUGUAUUUUCUGUCUCAGGGCUUAUUAUUAACCCAAAAAUGGACAUGAUAAUUUCAGAAUUAUCUGUGUAUUUCAUUUUUAAUAUAUGAUAAUGAUCUUUUGGUAGAUAUGCAAAAUUAUCAUUCCUGCAAGAAUUUUAUAUUGGUCUGUCAUUUUCCCGUACUAUUUUUUGGUAAGUUGUCCCCCAAACUGAAAUGGACAGUAUUAGCCAUUGAACCAGCAUGGAGUUGAAUACACUAUUUUUUUCACACCAUUUAUUCAUUUGUGUAUUUAAUACUGUAUAUUAAACACCUACUAUGUACCAGGCACUGUGAUAGGUGUUUGGAAUACAGUAGUAAGAGAGAUAUUACCUCUCAAUACAGUUCUUUAAAUACAGACCUUGAGCAUAUAUUUAUUUGAAAGAAAUGUUUGCUACAUUUCUACAUAUAUCAUUGUUGUCAGUCAUCCAUUUCUUAGUGCCCUGUUACUAUUGCCAUUAGUUUUUCAGAUACAUAGAAAAGGAGGUUACUUAGCAGAGGAAAGAUAGAUUGGGACUCUCAUGUCAGCACAAUUAUAUAAUUCACUUAGUUCCUUGCAAACUUAUUUUAAAUGGUUAUGUGGUAGGAAGACAAGUAAUGGAGUUAAUCUUUUACUUUUCACCUACAUGUAUCUUAGCCAUAAAGACUGAGGGCUGGGAGGCUGGGCUUAAUUCAUAGCAAACUGCUCUGAGGCAAAUAAAAAAAUGCAUUAUCAAUGUUUGGCUUUCUGACCAAAAAAAAAAGAAAAAAAAGGUGACUAGGUUCAAUAGCCAUGACCUGGUUUCCAUUUCAAGAUCACUAGGAACGUAGUAGGAAGACUGGGGAAUUGUAUGUAUGGAAUAAGGUUUUACUGAUGAAGUAGAAACAGAUAAAAACCUUUUACUUAUCUCAAAUAUUACAUGUUCUUGGAUCUAAGAUAACAGUACUUGUUAGAUAUACUUGGUUUAAUAAGAGCUUUUUAGAGUUUCUUUUUAGGGGGAAACAAAUACUGUAAUAAAUGUACAUGUGGAUUAUAAGACCCAGUCCAAUUGUGGGAGGAAAACAAGUAUGAGAUUUAGGAUGAAAGAAGUACAGUGGGGGCUUUUUAGGAAUUCUUACCACUGUUUACACUGUAUACAUAACUUUGUAGUUGAGAAGCAGAAUUUGUAUGUAAUAAGUAAAUGUAUGGUGCAGUCUGUAUGUGUGUAUGUGUAUGUAUGUGUAUAUAUAGAAUUUAAAUAAACUUUAUUUUUGUAAUUAAAGUUAAUUGUUUCAUAUGCUUAUAUAUAUAUUUUAUUUCAUGCCAUUUGCAGGUAAUGAUAAAGCCGACUGUGAUAUAGUGAUGAGGUAGAUUUGUGUCUUGGAAUUCUGUGGAGUUGAGUACUCUGUGUUCAGAAU